CCCCGCGGCAGUGACCGCCCACUUCUGUGUCAGGCCCGCCCUGCCCGGGUGUGCCGCACCCGGGCCCCGCAGACGCCUUCGGGACGAGGGUCCUGGGUCACCCGUGCCUCCUUGGUGCCAGCACAAGCUCCUGAACUCUGGGAUGUUGGACUCGGCCAUAGCCGAUCAGAUGGCUCGACUGACCCUGAGGCUUCUGGAGAAGAAGCUGGAGCAGGAGCGUGAGGAUGCAGAAGGGGAUUCCGAGGACCCCCCCCUCGUGCCAGGUGCGGAGGCCGGGCAGGAAGCCGCACUGUGGAGCGCCCUAUGGAGGAGAAAGGACCUGCUGCGGAGGCUCCAGGAGCAGCACCUGCUGGACGCGCUUCCCGCGGGCCAUGCCCGCAGUGGCCUGGACAGAGGAGCCCGUGGGUCGGCCCCGCCCCCAGAGCUGCCCCAGGUGGCCAGCUACGCGGCCACCUCGCCACCCCUGCCGGCCCCAGAGCCUCCGAGGAUCCUGCAGCACUCGGUCCCCCCACCUCCUGCCACCAUCAUUCAGCAGCUCCCACAGCAGCCGCUGAUCACGCAGCUGCCCCCGCCCCAGGCUGCGCCGGCUCCGCGGCCGGGAAGCAUUAAGGAAGAGAUGGUGGAGAUGAUGAUGAUGCAGAAUGCUCAAAUGCACCAGAUCCUCAUGCACAACCUGAUGCUCAGGGCCCUGCCCCCAUCUGUGCUUGCUCCCUGGGGGCGCUCCCAGGACCCCCCUUCACGCCCCACCAUGCAGGACCCUCAGCAGGCACGGCCCGUCGUCCUGCAUGCAGAGAGACCCAGGCAGCCGGCGGUGCACCACCACCACCACUACGCGCCCCCAGCUCCACUGCAGGCCAGUCCCGUGCCAGGCUACCCCGUGUGGCCCCCCAUGCUCUCCACCACAGCCCUCCCGCCAGCUGCCCACUUCCUGCCCGCCAUGCGUCAUGUGGCCGGCCCCCCCACGGCUGCUCUUGGCACGGCAGCAGACAGCAUCCUACCCGAUCAGGCUCCAGGCCCAUGAGCCCCAGGAGGAACAGGUGAGGAGCCCGACGGCCUGCGAGGGGCUCCUGCUGCUUUGGGGUUUCUCGCUAGACCGCCCCGCCCGCCCCC